ACAGGCAAGGCACUCGCACUAAGGUGUGCGUACCUUGACUAGCCUCUCCUCCUCCUCUCCUCCUGGCCUGGUCAUCCUCUCCUCUUUCCCUCUUCAUCCUUCCUCCGCCCAACUCUCUCUCUCUCUUCCUCACCUCUCCUGCGCUUCGUUUUUUCUUCUCUUUUGCUUUUUCCCUCCCGUCGAAGCGCAUCACUGCCGCUGCUUUCGCUAUUUUCCCUACGAUUUGUCUUUGUCAGCGCCACAGCUUACCAACUCGCUCAACCUCAGAUUACUCGGCCCGGUGUCUCUACCACCAUUAGUGCCCUCCACAGCCAACUUGGGUCUCGCGCUCUUUGCCUUGCUGCUUUGCCGCGCUCCCGUCCUUUCGCUUAUAUUCUACCCGACAAUCGCUUUGCUACGCUGCUCUCGCACAUCUCUCACAACUCUUCCGACACUGUACAUCUUGAUCAGCAAUACAAGCGCUGCCACAACCCGCUCACACACACGCCCCUCUCGAACCGCCGCACACUUUCAGUGAAAUAACACCGAACCCGCCCAUUGUCAAACGACAUCCGCUUAAUAUCCGAUCCUAUUCGAAUCGUUCAAUGUAAAUAGUGGCAAACCAUGGACCUUCAUCAGACACAUCCUCUGCAACAGCAGAGUUCUCAGCAGUCUAGCGGCCAGGCGGAUGCCAACCCGCAAGAUGUACUCGCCGAAGCGCGCAAGAAUCUGCAGGCACUGAUCGACUCGGGCAUAUCUCGUGAUUUGCUACAUCAAUGGGUCGACAGUGGUAACGGACCUUUGCAGUUGUCAUUUCUCGCGAGCAACAACUUUGCCUCUCUUCCCCCCCAGCAACAACAGCAACAGCAACAGCAACAGCAUCACUCUGCUUAUGCUCCUCCAGCACCCCAAUGCGCUCCUCCUCCUCCUCCCGUUCGUUCCAUGUCUGACCCAGCCAUCAUCCCCGUCACCAGUACCUCGACAGUUACCACGGCUUCGCCAGCUUCGACAGGUCUCUCCUCCUCUACUCCCCCAAGCCUAGCCGGUGCCGAUAUGAAAUCAGAGAUACUUUCCGACUCGAACCUCGUCUCCGCUACACAGCCCUGGGCCGCCGUGCCUUCGUCCUCCAUUCCGGAUGGGUUAAUGCCCGUCAACGAAGACGACUCCGUACAAAACCUAAACAACCAGCCCGUUUUUUUACAGCCCGCAUUCCCCUACUCCCACCGCCCCCGAAUUUCCGUCUCCUCCACCAGCUCCGGCUCCUCUGGUCACGCCUCUCUCUGGUCUGUCGGCUCUGCCAGAUCGUCCAUGUCCUGGCAGUCCGUAUCGAGUGCCCGAUCGCAGGCUCCGCUUCCGAAUCCUCCGACCAGUAGUGCUGCGAGCAUCAUCAGCAACAGCUCCCAGCUGUCGAGCGCCUCGUCCAACAGCAAGACCAAUAUUUACUGGUGUACGUCCUGCGACACAAGCUUCAAGCGCAAGUACGAUUGGAAACGCCACGAAGACGAGUUUCACGAGCGCUGGAGAAAAUACCCCUGCCCCGAACCGGGAUGCAACCGCAGCUUCUGGGGCUCCAACUCGUUCAACCAGCACCACAAGCAGUGCCAUAACUGCACCACCUGCCCGCAUGCUGAAAAGGUCGUCAAGUUUCUCCGCAAGCGCAAGUUUUGGGCCUGUGGCUUCUGCUCUGCCCUUCACCCAGCUCGCGAACGCCAUGUGGAGCACGUUGCCCGACACUUUGAAUCCGGCUUGUCUAAGAAUGACUGGAUGCACUCGCGUGUUGUCUACGGCCUCCUGCACCAGCCUCUAAUCCAUACUGCCUGGGAGAACCUGGUGACGAGCAAGCAGGCAGAGUUUGGCGGACGCCGCCCUCAGUUCAGUUGGCACCCAAACAAGACUGGCCGUGCUCAGGGCUUCUUGGAAAAGGAGAAUCCCGGUCAGCUUCAGGAUCUCCUAGAGUUCUUCUCUGGUGACGAGACGGAAGCCCAGUGGAUUGUCGGCCAGGCCUAUGAGCUGGCCGACGUUGUCAUGACCAGCGCACCCACACCCUCGCCCCAAUAUGGCCAGUCGUCCAUGGUGGCCGCUGCUCCCUUCCCGCAGCCCGAGACGCAUAUUGCCUUUAGCCAACUGCCCUCACAGCAGCCUCCCCAGCCUCACGCGAUGCUAGGCAGCUCGACCGGCGUUGGACAGCAAAACGCAUUCAACUCACCACAAUUCCGCAGCAGCGUCUACACAACGAGCCAAUUCAACACUGCCCAUCGCGCGUCGCCUGAUUCGUCACACUCGCCACUUGGCCUCUCAUCACCGCCUACCGUCCCCUCGCAGUCACCAGCAGACAAGCGUGACUUGCCCGCCCUGCCUAUGCAGGCUGUUGACGGAAUGAUGGACUUUGAGUACUCUCCUGCCGCCGCCAUGUUUGGAAGUGACUGGGGCAACUUGUCCACUGAGCACCUGUUGGGUUCCCAGACUCAGCACCAGCAGCAACAGCAGCCAGCGAGCGACUGGGGCAUGAUGCAGUACUUUAACGAUCCUCGCGUCACCUCCUAGAAGGGUGCUGGAUGGAUGUAUUUGUACGCUUUUUGACCAGGCAUACUUUUGAUACCACGUUGUUUUUUGUGACGAUUGUUUUGGGCAGGCAGAAAAACAGAACGGCAAAACAUACAAGCAACACAUGCGCAUAUACCACUUGUUUCUCCCAUUUGGGGAAAAGGGUCUCGGGCUGGCCCAUGCGACUUACUACUAUUACUUGACGACAGACACAUAUACACACUCCCUUAUUUCUUUUUAUGUCUUUACGACGGGAACCUACCUCACAACGCCUAAUCUCUCUCUUGAGAGAGAGACAAGGCAAGGCGACCUUGGUUUCUCUGGCUCGUGGCACCGCGCCACCUCUCGAUUUCUUUGCAGUUCUUUUUUUGUUGUUUAUUUCGUCUUGGUUUGAUUUUGCUCUAACGGCCUCUGCAUCCACGACGAAGCAUGCAUACCCACAUACUCACACACUCCUUAAUCACACUUUGCUACAUAGUGUUGGAUUUUCCUUUUACUGUUGCUUUUUGUUUCUGCUGUUGCUGCUGCUGCGCUUUACUCGCGUCAUUGUUUUUAUGCGGCUGUUGCUGUUUUGCUCAUCUUCCUGGGCCCGGUCGCCCUUGCAUAGUAGGAAGAGCUCGCCAGCAAGACUGGGCAAACGUGUACAUUUUGUUUUUCUACGUGUUAUUCUUUUUUUUCUUUUUUGGUUUACCACCGACGGGCAUAUUUGAUUGGAUAGGCUGCAAGGACGCAGGCCUUGGUUCUUCGUGAUUUAGCGAAUGAUUAAUAUCUGGCGAAUAGGGAUUGGCGCUGUACGCACGCCACGGUGUAGAUGGAAAGGGGGCGACGAGAAGCGUCAUAGUAGGAUAACUGAUUUUUCCACGUUGAAUAAAGACUCCCAUCAUAAAGAGCAAAAAAAUACGAG